AUGAAGAAGAUUCAACGAUUUGGAGGAAAGUUUGGGAAGCGAUCGGCUGACGAGGCAAGUGUCGGGUCCAUCAUUGCAGAUCUCAAAGCGAUGGACGAAAUGCUCGACAAGAUGAUGAUCGAUGUGAAGCAAUGGCGCAAUAGCUGGGAAGAUAUCUUGAAACUUCAGUACGAUGCGGUCGAAGCCUUCGCCAACCUCUACAACCAUAUCGAGCCAAUCACACAUCCCGAGAUGCGCCAUGUGCCGCAAGAGACGCCUCGAAGCUUCUUGCAAAAAUGCACCUCACUACAAACGAUGUACUUCGACACGAAGGGAGAUCUCAAGCAAGAGACGGAUUUGAUUACCCACAAAGUUGUUCGACCGAUUGAGGAAUCCAAACGAUGCGCCAAAUCCAUGCAAAAGACCAUGAAGCACCGUGAGAAUAUGAAGUUGGACUACGAACGAUACCUGGGUAAAGUGGAACAUGCUCGGAAACGGACAAACCCAUCACAGAAAGAAGUGACAGCGCUAGACCGGCUUGAAAGUGAUCUGGCUCAGCAACAGAUAUCAUAUCAAACGGCGGAUUCUCAGAUCAUCGAGACUUUUCCGCCAUUCACAGAGGCUGUUAUGACACUCCUCCCGUUGCUAUUGACGGUAGUAAUCGAGUUGCAAACGACUUUGGUUGGGACACUGUACACCAACCUCGACUUAUACUGUCGAAAGCAUAAUCUGCCAUCACCAGCUCCAAGCGACAGUGAAAUUAUCAGCAAAUGGGACUCGGAAUUUGCAUCACUCAGGUAUGAGUUGGAGCAAAACUUCACAUUGCUGAAGGGUGGAAAGGCUAUACAUCAAAGUAUGACCAUGCCUGUUGGAAGCAACGAUGGCAUUCGAGGCAGAAUUGCAGGCAUGUCAUUAGGUCGAAAGACCAACGAUAAUCCGCCUACAGCACAAUUGAGGAUUACGGACAGCUCCAGCCAAAACGCCUCAAGAUACGAGGAGGAGGAAGAAGCACCCCCUCCACGACCUCCUCGCCCUGGCGCGUCUCGAACACCUUCAGUCGCCUCAUUUGGAUCAUCAGCCCCGCCUGUUCCCGGCGGCAAACCACCACCGAGCAUCUCCCGAACAUCUUCUUCGUCACAUUUAGCGCCCCAUGACGCACCCUACGACCAAAGAGCCGUCGCUCGCAUUCCCAGCUUCUCAAAUGUAUCUCGACCGAUGUUUGGCAACGAAUACCAAGCAGACCACUUGACUCCUCCAUCGCGGUACGCCACACCACCAGAAAGCUACGGCGGCGCAUCAUCAAAUCACCUAUCUCCAAACUACACCACGUCCAAUUCCGCCGAUUAUUUCGAUGGCAAUCGAAACGCCAGACGCGUCUCCACCAAUACAGUCGGCUCCACAGGCUCCGCCGGCACCUCCGGACAAUACACGCCCGCCUUAAACGAAAUCCUUGCCGCCAAAGCAAAGAAGAAGCCUCCGCCACCAAUCCCCAGCAAGCCGAAACCCAAAAUGCCGCUGGCGCAAUAUGUGAUUGCGUUGUAUGAUUUUGAGGGGCAGACGACGGAGGAUCUGCCAUUUAGGGAAGGCGAUCGGAUCCGUGUGGUGAAGAAGACGGAUAAGACUGCACCGCGGCCUGUAGUUGCAUCCAAACCCAGCCGGAGUGUCACAUUCAAUCCACAGAUUUCUACAGCAAGUCCGCCGCGUCGAAGGCCGGCGUUUCCACAACAGCAGCCCACUGCGACUGGAGGGAGCAGUACUAUCGCUCCGAUCGCGUCAGGAGUCCAAAAUACUCCACAAUCAACUCUUUCCGCACCAUUGUCCGCUUUGAACAACAAACUAAGACGACGGAACAGCUCGGGCGCAGCACUACAACUCCCUCCCAGUCUCCCUAAUUCGAAAAUUGGACCACAACGAACGACGAGAACGGCACAGAAAUUAAAACUCCUACCCACUCCUGAACAUGGAGAUGAAGGGCCAGACGAAGAGAGCGGACGUGAUGUGUACAGUCAAUUCACCAGGAUAAAAGAUCCUACUGCGCGGCGAGAUGCAGCUCGACUCGGCAAAGAAGACCGAGCAAGGAUACCUCGCGUCACGGCUCACUGCACCGCUAGCUCAUACCGGAUAGACGACCUCAUGCGAUUUCUGAAAGGUCGUACAAAGACGAAGAGCACCAAUCCGAAACUCUUCGACGAAUGCAUAUAUACACCAUAUACAUACCGCAAAGAGAUGUCGGCAUCUACGGGUGGCCGGAGGGGAAAUAGUCGGAGUGACCGGGACUUUCAAGACGGAGAUGCGUCAGAAGUGCUUUCGCGGAGACAGCGUCGAUUCUCAGACAGUGCGAUCGAGGUCAACGAGAACAAUGAGCGAAGACGAGAGGAUCUGAUCGACCUCAACACUGAAGCUGGUGAUACCACAUUGGGCACUGGCGAACCGAGCCAGCCGAUCAACACAUCAGCCGAAGAUAGUAUUGCCCAGCAAAGGAGCGACUCUCCGGAUCUCGACACAACAGUGCACAUUCCUGAGGUCUUCCUCUUCGAAUAUGGAGUAGUUGUCAUCUGGGGUAUGACAGUAAAGGAAGAGCAACGCUUCCUCAAGGAGAUAGCCAAGUUCGAGCAGGAGAAAUUGGGCAAAGACGACGUGCAGACGGAAGAGUUCAAUUUCUACUACACCCGAGAAUACCAAGCGCGCAUCUACAACGACUUUAUCUCAUUGCGUGACAAGAGGAAUUACAUGACCAAGUUGGCGAUCAGUCACGCUCUCGCUCAAAGCACAAAGACCUCUCUCUACGAAGAUCUCGUCGAUGCGACCAUCACAACGACGCAAGGUAUCCCUGCGACAAUUGCACGAACAGGCCGCAUCAACCUGACACGCCGCGAAAUCAACAUGCAAAUCGGCGAGCUAUUCAUCCUGCGCAUCAACAUCCACUUACAAGGCAGCGUGCUCGACGCUCCCGAGCUGAUGUGGGCAGAGCCACAGCUGGGACCAGUCUAUCAGGCGGUCAGGAGCUAUCUGGAGAUGGACCAGCGAGUGGCGUUGCUUCAGGAGAGAGUUAGUGUCAUUGCGGAUCUGCUAGCAGUGCUGAAGGACCAGCUAAGUCAUACGCAUGGUGAAUAUCUGGAAUGGAUCGUCAUCAUCCUCAUUGCCGCCGAGAUUUUCGUCGCAGCGAUCAAUAUCGUCGUGGAUCUGUAUGCGGGAGAGUAA